AUGUAUGUUGCAGACAUCCACACGGACUGCUCACCACGCUCGGUUCGGUUCAUAGACCUCCUUGAGGACCAGGUUACGCAAGGGAUUGCACAUCGCCGCAGACUGCUCGGAGUCGUUAGUGCAGUCGAUCUGGCUGUUGACCGUAUCUCGCAAGAUCACUCAAGCAACUCGGAUAGGAAAAAAUAUCAGCAUGCAUUAUCAAAAGGUCGCAAGACUGCCUCCAGGGUUCGAGAUUUUCUGAGUGGGGCAAAACAUCUUCAUGAAGGGCCGUUUGUCGAACUCUCAGAAGACGCCAUCAUUAGCGGCUCACCUUAUCCCGGCGUGACGAGGGAUCGAGAAGGAGUCACCUCCUUCCACAAAAUGAUCUUCCACUUCCCUUAUCAAGCUAUGGGGGUAUCGAAGGUGCGCGAUAACUCUGCGCAAAUGUUACAUAUCUCGUGCCCAGGGUUCAAUGCCGACAGUGUUCUUGUUGACCAGUUUGGAAGGGCGACCUACGACAGCAUCACGAUCAUCUCUGGAAUGUGUCUUUUCUCUGAGAAGAUCUUGAGAAGCUCUAUUAUGGACAAAGGAUCUCUGGAUAUAUCCAAACUCUAUUACCCUAGGCCCACGUUAUAUGAAAUGGAGGUCAUUGCUCGUUCAGCGUCGGUGAUUGCUGACAUAGCCGCGCAGAUGUUGGCGCGCGAUGCAGUCUCCAAGAAAGUCUCUUUUCAAAUCGUCCUAGAUGUACCGAGCUGGCAUUAUUACCAAAUCGUGCACGACAGCUUUGUGGCUGGGCAGUGUUCCUCGGCUGAGGCCCUAGACUGGUUGCAGGCACUCGAGUUGCGCUGUGAGCAGAUGGCGGUCGUUUUCGGAAAUGCUGUACGCCACGAGAUAGACGAAAGGGGUGUGGGCUCUGGCAGUUAUGAAAUACUCGUGGCACCAGGAACGGCUAGUGUGGGAAGUACGAUUCAAUCUUCGCUCAUGCACAACACGGUACCGGACAUUAACGAAUGCCUCGCAUCUGUGUGCCAAAUGGAAGGUGAAUCAUGGGCCGCAUUCUACUCGCUGGUCCCCGAAAAAGAAAAGCCACAGACCUUCAAAUCUCUGGGGUUUCUGUUUUAUGUUUAUGAAGCCAUCCGACCGGCAUUGCGACAUUUACGGACAACUUCUGACACUAGACGAUCAGGCUCCACUGCCCGGCCGUUAAUUAUCAGUGUUGACGACCGGGCUGAACGCAAAAUUUAUUCCAAAAGUCAGGACCUUAUUAAGAAAAUACGGAAAGCCUCAAAUGUAGCUUCAAGUCCUACUCUGAUAGAAGUUUACGUCGCUCGUCGUGUAUUCUUCGAUGGAAAUGCAGACGGAGGCAGUUUGUACUGGAACGACCCAAGCCCCGAUUAUCUUGGGCCGAGAUCUUUCAAGGAUAGCGCUAGGCUAUAUGGCCAACCAGAACUUCGGGUCUGGCAAAUUAUCAGAGCUUUAUAUGGGAAUGAGUGUGCGCUGAAUCUGGAGAGAUGGUUCUUAGAAGUGGGCCUGUUUCCGCGGCAUUUAGAAUUAUAG